AUGUCUAUAAUGAGAAGCAUGUUUAUUCUAAUUUUAAUUGGUUAUGUUUAAAGUGUAGACAUUUGUGUUUAAUAAACUACUUAUGAAUAGUGUAUCAAUUUGAAAGGAGAAUAAUGUAAAUGGAAUGGUUAAUAUUGCAGAUGGUCAAAUAAUUAUUUAUUUGGAUGCGAUCCAACUUUGAAUGAAAAACUAUGCACCAAAUAAGUUGGGAAAUUAGAUGGUACAAUAGCAAUGUGUAUAUUUGAUAAGACUUGUCACACUAUUUAUGAAUAAUAUUUUCUAAAAUGUUCAGAUAAAUUAUCAAAGUCUGCAUGUCUAUCUAUAACAAAUCCAGAUUAAUUAUGUAAAUGGGAAGAUGAUUAAUGCAUAAAUUUAAAUUAAACAGAAUUUAACAAUAUUAAUGCUAUAUUUUAAAAUUUAGAAUUGAGUGCAUCAGUUUGCAGUAGAAUAACAGGAUUUUUGAUAAUUCAUCAUUCAAUAUUAUGGAAACUUUUAGAAUAUUCUCCAGAUAUUGUAACAGAAGCAUAAAGAAAAGUUGAAAUUGAAGCAGGAGUUGAAUUUUAGGAAUCCAAAACUUAUUAGGAUUCAAAUUUGAAAGAUAAUGUUAUCGAUUCUAAUGGAAUGUUCAUAUGGUAUACAUUAUCAACAAAGUAAUCUAUAUCUGACAGUAAAAUUUAAUUAUUAACUUAGCAAAACUUAAUGAUUUUUAAAGAUAUGGUUGCAUUGCUUAAGAAAUCUUAAUUGAAAAUAGAUUUAUAAAGUUAUUUAGUUUAAGUGGAACAAUAAGAGGAGUAAAUCAUGUUUAUUGUAAAUAUUUGAAUGUCCAUCCUACAAAUGCAAUCUUUACUGUUUUUGCUAAAUUUGAAUGUUUACCAACAACAGAAGAUUAAUUAUAGGAUGAAUCCUAUAUCAAUAAAAAUUAAUUAUAAUGUUAAGAUAUGAGUGGUAUAGUAUGUUAAAGAUUCAAAAGUUCUGAGAUUAAAUGUGUAAUUGAUUAUACUUAGGAAUUCUAAUGCAGAAAUACUGAUAUUAUUGUUGAGAUUGAUGAAUGUAAAACAUUAAGUGGUAUUGCUACUCAUUAUAAUUGUGCUAUUGUGAUACAAUAAUAUUGUUAUUUAGAUAUUUCUAAUUCAAAAGGAUAAUGUUCAUAAUAAUGUUCAGAUUUGACAUCUAAAUCUUAAUGUGAAAACAAUUAAUAAUGUAAAUGGUUAGGAGAUAAUUUAGGAAAUAUAAAUGAUUCAAAAUUAUCAAUAUUUCGUGUUUGUGUACCAUUAAAAGGCUGUAAUUAAAUAGGAAUGAAUAAAAAAUAUUGUUAAGAAAUGAGUAUGAAUUGUUAUUGGAAUAAUAUAAUUUAGAAAUGUUAAGAAAUUAAAUUUAUUGAAUAAUUAAGAUGUGAAGAUUGUAAUUCAAUAUUUUGUUGCUCAUCUAUUACUAUUUAUGAUUAAUUUUGUAUUUGGAAUGUAGAUAAAUGUAUAAAUGUUAAAGAUUAAAACUUAUUUUCUCAUUAUUAAUCAUUCUCUUCAUCAAUAGUAAUGAAUUAGAAUUUAUGUUUAUCUCAAAAAGGAUAAUACAAUUAUUAUGAUAUAGUUACAAGAACUUGUAAAACUUAAAAUAUUAAUUUAUAUUUACCUUGUGUUGAUUUUCAAGAUAAAGAUUAUGAACUUGAUAAUAAACCAUGUGAUAAUGGAAUAAAUGGGAGAAUAAAUUAAGAAUUAUGUUUAGCUCUUAUUAAUUCUAAUACAAAAUGGGAUGCUUCUCUAUAGAGAUGUAUUCAUGUAACUAAUAAAUCUAUAUCUUGUGAUAAUAUGUAAUUUGUUAAUCCAAAUUUAUGUAAAUAUGGUAUUGUCUAAGAAUCAUACCUAUGUCUCUAUAAUUUAGAUACAUCAAGUUGUUAUUCAUCAUAAUUGAUUGAUCUUCAUUGUGAUACUCCAGGAAUUAAUUAUGAAUAAUGUAUAUCCAAUCAAAAUGAAAAUUGUUAAUGGAAGGAAAAUAAAUGUAUUUCUUUAACAGUUAAUCUAAUUGUUUAAUAUUAUUGUUAUGAAUUCUAAAAUGUAAGUCCAAAUGUUUGUAGAUUUACAAGUAGAAAUUUUAGUUGUGAAUAUGAUCAUAACACAUUUGGUUGUAAAAUUAUAACAAAUUAAAUAAUUAAUUCUCAUAAUUAUGUUAAUAAUUAAGGUUGUUUAACAUCAACUGGUUUAUAUUAUUUUGAUAAUGUAUAAAAUUAAUGUUUAGAUGCAACUGACUAUUUAAAUAUUUUAAAUUGUGAUACUGAAUUUAUUUCCAUUUAAACUUGUCUUUCAAUUACAACUUAAAAUUAGAAUUGUUUUUGGGGUUCUAUUCCUAGUGACCCAUAAGUAAAAUGCAGAUAAUAUAAAUAAUAAUUCUAAACUACUUGUUAUUCUUAUUAAUAAUCAGCCAAUCUAAAUACUUGUACUUAAAUGGCAUCAAAUUUAUCACUCAUUCUUACAGAUGAUUAAUUUUGUGAAGUCAUAAAUUCAAAAUGUGUCUCAUCUAUAUCCAAAAUUGAAGAUAUUGAUUGUGGAUACAAUAGAAUGAUUAAUAUUCAUAGAUGUGUAGCAUUUACUUAAAAAAAUUGUUAUUUUUAAAAUAAUAGAUGUAAUUUGUUAUUUGGAGCUUAAGAUUAUUAAUAAAAAUUAUUAGGAAUCCUAGAAUGUCAACAAAGUAAUCUUUAAAUUUGUAUUUAAAUUUUGACAUCUGGUUAAACAUGCCAUAUAACAUAAGAUAAUAAGUGUGUAUAAUUGUAUCUCUCCUUUUCUGAUACAUGCUAGAAUAUAUCCCAAUAUGAUAUGAAGAAUUAUAAUCCAUAAAUUUGUAGUAGAGCCUUCAAUGCUUGUUAUUAUGAUGUUGAGAGUAAAACAUGUAAAGAACCUUAUAAUUUGAAAUAAUUCAAGUGUAAUUAAAUUGGUGCAUCUAAAAAAUUAUGUUUACUAUUUACAUAUGAAAACUGUGUAUUUUAUAAUGAAAUGUGUUAACCUCUUGUAGAUUUAAAUAUAGAUUGCAAAUUUAGAAAUAGGAAUGCUUGUUUCUAAGGUAUUAUUACUUGUUAUUGGAAUGAGAUGAAUUCAGCAUGUUAACCAUAAUAUAUAGAUUGUCCUUUUUAUUAUGAUAAGUCUAUCAGUUGGUAAAUUUGUUAAUCAAGCAAUUAAAUGUGUUUUGCUGGCUAGAAUGGAUGUGUGAAUAGUUUUCAUGAAGUGCCUUGUUGGUUAUCUCUUAGUUAAUUCUUAUGUAAUUUAUAAUGGAAGUAUUGUUAAUGGUUGGAUAAUUAAUGUGUUAAUGAAAAUUAUGAUUGUGAAUAAGCAUAAACACAACAAUAAUGUUUGUUACAUAGAUCUAAUUUCUGUGUAUUCCAUAAUAAUAAAUGUUUCACAAUUCUCAACAUUGAACUCUAUGAUUGUGAUUAAUUUGAUUAAGUAUCUGAAAAUUUUUGUAGACAAUACCAACCUAUUUGUACAUAUUCUCAAACAGACUUUAAGUGUAUUAAAAUGAAUUUCUUAACAAAUAGUCAAAUGAUUGAUGAAUAAUUUAAAUAAAAUACUUGUAGUUCAAUAAAUUAGAAUAUUUAUAGUUGCAUAUUAUAAAGAUCUCUUAAAUGUUCAUACUACAAUUAUAGUUGGUAUUAGUUUUGUGCAAAUUCAGAAGAAUUACAAACAUGCAACUAUUAUAAUGAAAUGAUAUAUCCAUCUAUUCUAACAUGUGAAUCUGUAUCUAAUUGUAAAUUUGGAAUGACAACUAAAGGAGAACCAUUUUGUUCUACUUCACCUCUAAGAUGUGAAAAUUUGCAAUAUUUUUGUUUGAAAGACAUCUUAGGAUUGCAUUGUUACAGUGAAUUCGGUUCAGAUGAAUGUUUAACCUAUAAUGAUGAGCUGUUUUGUGAGAAUGUCUAAUCUUUUAGAGUCAAUAAGUAAUUAUGCUUAUCAAUUAUGAAAAAUCCCAAUAAUCUAUCUGAAUGUUAUUACUAAGAGGAAACAUAAACAUGUAAAUUGAAGAAUCCUCUUUCAAUAAUCAUAAGUACUGAAAUACUCUAUGAUUACUAUUAUUGUCUUUUUCAAGAUACAGAAUUAAUUUUAUAUUAUGAUGAUAAUUAAAUUUUCGAAUAUUGUUCCACUUCUUAAGAAGGUAAACGAGAAAACUUGAAUCUUUAUGGAUGCACUCAACUCUUAGAUUCUACUUAUUAUUUUGAUUUAGAACAGUUUAAAUGUUACAAAGAUAUAACAGAACCUUAUAUUCAGAUAUUUUUAUGUCAUUAAAUGAAUGAAUUGGCAUGUUUAUAAAUAUAAAAUCAUUUAUCUUGUGUAUGGUUUAAUUAGAAAUGCCAUAAAUAUAAGAAUGAAUUUAUAAAUGUACCUUGUUAGAAUAGAAAUUAUAAUUCAUGUCUAAAAUCAUAGACUUAAAAAUGUAUAUGGAAUUAAGAUAUUCUUUAAUGUAAAGAUAGUGAAUGUUAAAAUAAUUAAUGUGAAUAUAGUGAAUACUAUUGUCAAUCUAUAAAUAAAUUAUGGAAUGGCAAUAAUUGUUAUGAAUAUAAUAAAGAUUUACCAAUUUCAUUUUUCAGAUGUGAUUAAUUAGGCUUAAAUAAAGAUUUAUGUUUAAAUUAUACUUAAAGUUUAACUUGUUAUUGGAAUGGAUACUACUGUUAAGAAGCAAAUCUUUAUAUACUUAAUUGUUAGGAUGAAGUAUCAUAAUAAACUUGUAUUUAAAUUAAAAAACCAAAAUAAAUUUGUAAAUGGAUUGACCAAAAAUGUCAAAAUUUAUAUCAAUCAAAUUAAUGCAAUGAUUUCUCUAAUCUAUAAUAUUGUAGAUAAGCACUUAUUAGUUGUUAAUUCAAUUUAUCACUACAAAAAUGUGAAUAAAAAUUAGAUAACCCUUAUAUAUGUUCUAACACAUUAAGUUAUAAAGCUUGCUAAAAUGUUGAAUAAGAAUAUUGUCAAUUUGAUGGCUAUUGUAAUAUAUGGUAUAGGACAAGAUAUUCUUGUGAAAACAUAGUAAACUAUUGGGGUUGUAUGAAUACAUCAAUGUAUUGUAAAUGGACAGGUUAGUGUGUAAAUAUAGAUAACACCUUUGAACCAGUAGCAUGCCAUAAAAUUCCUAUUGA